CCAAGCAGGAGCCAGCCCUGGAUACCACACGCCUGAUGGGCACAGGACUCAUGCCCGCAUCCCCUGUCUCCCUGAGCAUCACCUUUCCUCUUCCAGGCAGCGACUGGCCCAAGCCCAGCCAGGCUUCCCCAGGACCUGCUGUGAGGCUGGGCGCUGGCAUCUCCCUGCACCACCCUGUGUCCCGUCGGGGCAGGCCUGAGUCCAGCAAGAGCCGCCGCAUCACACACAUCUCUGCUGAGCAGAAGAGACGCUUCAACAUCAAGCUGGGCUUCGACACACUGCACAGCCUGGUGAGCACGCUGAGCGCCCAGCCCAGCAUCAAGGUCAGCAAGGCCACCACCUUGCAGAAGACAGCUGAGUAUAUCUGCAAGCUGCAGCAGGAGCGGGCAGCCCUGCAGGACGAGGCACAGCGGCUGCGGGAACAGAUUGAGGAGCUCAAUGGCUCCAUCAACCUGUGCCAGGAGCAGCUGCCAGCCACAGGGGUGCCCAUCACACGCCAACGCUUCGACCAGAUGCGCAGUAUGUUUGACGAGUAUGUCCGCUCCUCCACGCUGCAGAACUGGAAGUUCUGGAUUUUCAGUAUCAUCAUCCGGCCCCUCUUUGAGUCUUUCAACGGCAUGGUCUCCACAGCCAGCAUGGAGAGCCUCACCCAGACGUCUCUCGCCUGGCUGGACCAGCACUGCUCCCUCCCAGCGCUUCGGCCAACCGUCCUGAGCUCCCUCCGGCAGCUGAGCAUUUCCACCUCCAUCCUGAGUGACCCGGCCUGCAUCCCC